GGAAUGGUGUUGGUUCAGGUAGGGAUUGUUUUUAUAAGUGACGGAUAAUAAAUGCAACUAUCUACUUCUCUAUUCCCGAUAUAUCCACUCUGCUAUCACAUUUCCCAUACGACAUUCGUGAUCGCUGAGCACAAUUGCACCAUCAUCCAUCGACCAAUAACCACCCUAAUAUCUCAACGAUCAACUACCACGAAUUGCGUGUCAUCUGUCUUUGCUUGCGUAUUGGGUGUUCCAAGCGUGUUACGAUCUGGUUGUUAUCUGUGAUUAGAUCUUGCGGAUUGGUGAUCAAGGAGCAAGCUCCAAUAAAAACCUUGUGUGAUGUCGUUAUCAAGCAUUGACGGGUUGAAUGUGGUAGGUUUGGCGAAUGGGGUAUGUUAAAGUUGCGAACAUAUGUUAUGCCCGGAUGUAUUUAAGUCCUUCAACUUUCCGUUUGAUUAAGAAAGGACGAGUUAAGCUUCUACAUCCAACAAUCGAAACACUACAAUAACAACCGCAUUAAACACAAUGGCGCCUUCAGCAACAGAAACAGUUGCUCUUCCAACUCAAGUGAAGAAGUCUGUGAGUGAUAGAUUCAGUCGCGAUGAGCUUGGAAGCUAUAAAGAGCUUGCUCCCACCUCGUUCGAUAAAGAAGCCGAAGAGAAAGGUCUUGGCAAAUUUGCUGCUGCGUCUUAUCCACAUUACCUCCCAACCUGGGACGAUGUUACAUACCCACCUCUUGAAUCUUUUGAGCACAGAGACCAUGGAUUGGAUGCCGAUACAACCUAUCCAGAACUACUUGCAUUGGGCGUCGAGGCAGUUGAAUUGACACCUGCGAUGGGCACAGAAAUCAAAGGUGUACAAUUAAGCAAGUUAAGCAAUGCUGGCAAAGACCAAUUGGCUCGAUUUGUUGCAGAGAGAAAGGUCGUAGCUUUCAGAGAUCAAGACUUUGCAGAUCUGUCAAUCGCAGACGCUGUUGAGUAUGGCAGUUAUUUUGGGCGACCUCACAUCCAUCCCACGUCAGGAGCCCCACUGAAUCAUCCUGAGAUUCACCUGGUACACAGAGCAGCUGGUGAUAAAACAGCUGAAAGCUUCUUCGAGGCUCGAACAAAUAGUGUAGCAUGGCACUCUGACGUCACAUAUGAGAAGCAGCCACCGGGAACAACCUUCCUAUAUGUUCUUGACGUCCCAGAAACCGGAGGGGAUACUCUCUUUGCCAAUGGUGUCGAAGCAUAUAAUCGUCUUAGUGAUGCAUUUAAAGAACGUCUGCAUGGACUUUCUGCGACACAUUCAGGUAUCGAGCAAGUGAACGCCUCUCGCUAUAGGAAUGGCAUUGCUCGCAGGGAGCCUGUCGUGAACGUUCAUCCUAUUGUCCGAACGCAUCCCGUGACUGGAGAAAAGGCAUUAUAUGUUAACAGACAAUUCACCCGAAAGAUCGUAGGAUUAAAACAGGAAGAAAGUGAUGUACUAUUGAAUUUCCUGUAUGACCAUAUUGCACUAGGAGCCGACUUUCACGUAAGAGUCAAGUGGGCACCAAAAACUGUAGUUGUUUGGGACAACAGAGUAGCGACCCAUACCGCUCUUGUUGAUUGGUCGGGUGGAGCACGCAGACAUCUUGCGCGUAUCACACCACAAGCUGAAGCACCAUACGAGACGCCUUUCAAGGCAUCAUAACGCGCACAAAUUUCUUGUAGCUA